GCCGUGACAGCUAUUUCUCCACCUCGCUCACUCAUCUUCAACUUCCUAGACACAGUCGACGCCAUUCAAGUACCUGCAUAUGCGGCGACGCCAAAGUGGCGCUUUAAAUAUUUGAUAGGACAUAGAAUACAUCCGGGAUUUGAGUCACGAUGAGAGCAAUAAUCGCCGUCCCUGCCACUCUGGCGCUCGUCUACCGAGCUUACUCCCAUAACUCGCUUACGCCGCUUGGUAUCUUUGCCGCCGCCGUGACCGCUACCGUGCACGCCAUCCAUCCCUGGAACCUUCCUUUCGUCUUGCUCGUCGUCUUCUUCUUAGCCGGGACCCGGGUCACCAAGAUUAAGGCCGAUGUCAAGGCGGGCCUAACCUUACACUCUCAAGGAAGUACCGGAGGCGAGGGUCCGAGGACUCACGUCCAGGUCCUUGCUAACUCGCUUAUGUCUUCUAUCUUAACGCUCCUGCAUGCCUACCAGCUUCAUGUGCGGCGCGAUGCCAUCUUAUCCCACGGGGAAAUCCCACAAGGCUCAUUCUGUUAUAAAUGGGGCGGUGAUAUUCUCGUUGUUGGAAUCAUCGCUAAUUAUGCCGCUGUGUGUGCCGAUACAUUUUCCUCCGAACUCGGAAUCUUGUCGCGUACCAGCCCACGAUUGAUCACAUCUUGGUCUCUCCGAAAAGUUCCACGAGGCACGAAUGGUGGCGUCACAUUGUGGGGAUUGAUCGCCGGUCUCCUCGGGUCCAUGAUUAUUGUGGCUGCGUCUCUUAUGUUCCUACCCUUCUGCGGCGAGGACACGAAGGGUAAGAUAGGUGGUGGUGAAAUAUGGAAUGUGAAUCAAAAGGCUACUUUGGCUUGGGGAUUAGCUAUCUGGGGUGCGUUGGGAAGUCUUCUGGACAGUUUCUUGGGAGGUUGGUUUCAGAGGAGUGUACGGGAUGUACGUUCUGGGAAGAUCGUCGAAGGCGAAGGUGGCGUCCGUGUUUUAACCGUCGAAUCCCACUCGCACGAACACAAGGAGGGCAGUAAUACUGGGAAGGAAUCGACAUCACAGGCCGACGAUGGGAAGAAUCCUUACGAUCCGAAAGAUAAACACCGCGCUUCUCAUUUCGGCGACCUUAAGCCUACGCGUAUUGCGGAGAGUGGAUGGGACUUGCUGGAUAAUAACGACGUGAACUUUUUGAUGGCCUUUACGAUGAGCAUUAGCGCAAUGGCUCUAGCCGGUUGGUACUGGGAGGUUCCCUUAGACAGCAUACUGAAGGCUUAAACGUGUUUACGUAUAACGACGGCGGAUAAGUACUAGGUAGGCAGUUAAUGGAGUGGAAUAGUCUGGUCGGCCCUUAGGUGGAUUUCAUUUUAUCCUCUCAUCAAAUAUACUUCGCCCUUUCUUUUACGCUUGCCAUCGAAAAGAAUUACGUCUUGUUGGAACUGGAUCUAGAUUUUUAUACCUGGGAUGAAAACUAGCUCGUCCGCGUUUCCGAGUCUAACCCCGAUUGCCUGAAUGGAUGUUUACUCCGACCAGCCAGGAACGAUUCACGUCUUGAAUGUCGUUAAUGCAAUAUC